AUGUCUACCAAACAAUCCUGCCAAGUUCAUUUCCAUCAUCAAGGUGUGGUUGUCUUCAUUGUUGGAUCCAGCAACCUAAGCCAUCCACAGCUAAUCUCCUGUGUGCAGCAGUCCAAAAAUCUGGAGGAGACACUAGUACAAUUGUGUGAGUUGCAAGAGCCAACCCCUCCACCAAUUGUCUCAAGUGGAAGGGUGGAUGUGGCAGGGUCAAUCAUGGAUAUUGCAGCUGAUUCAUGCAAAAGCUUGCUGGAUCAGUUCCUGCAGGAAAGGGAGCCAACUGCUCUGGCAGAGGGUGGAAUCAUGGCUGUAAUAGAUCCACACAACAACGUGAUGAAUCAGUUCCUGAAUGAAUGGGAACCAACUGCUCCCCCAGUGGACGGUAUGAACAUGGAUCUACUCAAGCAAUUGCUGAAUGUGUGGGAACCAUCAGCACUGCCAGUCACACAUGAGAAAUUAAACAGGAUGGAUGGGUCUUCAACACCUGCACAAGACAUUACUAUGCAGGUCGAUUUUCUGGCAGACUUGCAGAAUGAUAUGAGGGAACCAAUGCCUCCCCCACUUGUUUCAAAUGUACCCAUCAAAUCUUUUGACUUGGCAGCAGAUGAGGACAAUGGUGCAAACCAUUUGACUUUUGGCAUGUCCAAACGAUCAGAGAUGAGGGAUCAUUUUGAGGAAAUAUGCAAUGGUGAACUUCCAUCUGCACAGCAAUCUCUUCAAAUGGAACAAUGGGGAUUGGCACCUGUUCCACAUUGCAAUCAAGUCCUGUGCACCUUACACACUGUGGUAUCUUGCUAUUGCAGAAACACCACUCCCAGUGACACACUGUUCAAUCCCACCCUUGAUAGGCACCUUGUGUGGGCUGUGAAUGCCAUUUCUGUGGUAGAGAUGGGUAUCCUCUACUUGGCAUGCCAGAUUGAGGUGGCCUCUGUACAUCUGAAGCAGACUGCCAAUAUCACAGGAUGGCACAUGCAUUGGUUUGCAAUCCUAGCAAUGGACUUGCUUAAUAGCUUGAUUCUGGUGAUGGUGUUGCAUGCCAGUUAUACUCCUCCCCUCCCAGUGUGCUACCAUGCAUACCUCAGACACCAAGAUGAUGAGCUAAUUCCCCUUAGCACAUUUUGCAUAAUCAACAAUAUCAGUGCCAUCAUCCUGCAUUGGACCCCACAUGCAGCUGAUCCCAAUUCUGGCUUUGCAUUCCCUUGGUGGCUAUAUUGUUCUGAGGAAUAUGCAGCAGAUUCCCAAAGAUUGCAAGCCAAGGGAUUGUUUUCUGCAGCCUGGGAUUUUUUUAAGUUGAUGAUGGCCCAGGGCUUAUGGCCAUUGCCUGAGGUGCCAAUUGCAGACCAUCUCAAUGGCCAUAUCAAGGAGCAGAAAUAUGCCAAUGUUGUCAAUGGUCAGGGUCAACAAAUUGACCAUUUCUAUGCUAGGUGGUGGGCAUUGCAUGGGUUGUUGGGCAUGCCACUUCAAUAG